AUGUUUCGAAGUUUAUCUGCUUUACGUGUAUUUAACUAUGGUUAUAACCCAGCACGUUUAGUAACUACAGCAAGUUCGAAUACAUUAAAAGUCAAAGAUGAAGUUAAACGUCAACGAGAAUUAGCUUUACUUGGUGGUGGAAAAAAACGUAUUGAUGCUCAACAUAAGAAAGGAAAAUUAACAGCACGUGAAAGAAUUGAAAUUUUACUUGAUUCAAAUUCAUUUCGAGAAUAUGAUAUGUUUAUGCAACAUCGUUGUACCGAUUUCGGUAUGGAAAAAGAAAAAUAUAAUGGUGAUUCAGUUGUAACAGGUUCUGGUCUUAUUAACGGACGUCCUGUUUAUGUAUUUUCACAAGAUUUUACUGUUUUUGGUGGAAGUUUAUCAAGUGUUCAUGCCGCUAAAAUAUGUAAAAUUAUGGAUCAAGCUAUGCUUGUUGGAGCACCCGUUAUUGGUUUAAAUGAUAGUGGUGGUGCUCGUAUUCAAGAAGGUGUAGAAUCACUUGCUGGUUAUGCAGAUAUUUUUCAAAGAAAUGUUAUGGCAAGUGGUGUCAUUCCACAAUUAUCUCUUAUUAUGGGUCCUUGUGCCGGUGGUGCUGUUUAUUCACCAGCAUUAACAGAUUUUAUAUUCAUGGUUCGUCAUACAUCAUAUUUAUUUAUAACCGGUCCUGAUGUUGUACAAUCAGUGACGAAUGAAACUGUUACACAAGAAGAAUUAGGUGGAGCUAAUCCACAUAUGAUUAAAAGUGGAGUUGCACAUGGUGCAUUUGAUAAUGAUAUUGAUACACUUUUACGUACACGAGAAUUAUUUAAUUUCUUACCAUUAUCAAAUCGUGAUACAGCACCAGUUAUUCGUCAAUCGGAUGAUAGUCCAAAUCGUUUAGCUUAUUCAUUAGAUACAGUUGUACCCUUAGAAACAACUGCUGCCUAUGAUAUGAAAGAAGUUAUUAAUGCAGUUGCUGAUGAAGAAGAUUUCUUUGAAAUUAUGCCUGAAUUUGCAAAAAAUAUUAUCAUUGGAUUUGCACGUAUGAAUGGUCAAACUGUUGGUAUUGUCGCUAAUCAACCGAAAGUAGCAGCUGGAUGUUUAGACAUAAAUUCAUCCGUAAAAGGAGCUCGUUUUGUUCGAUUCUGUGAUGCAUUUCAUAUUCCAAUAAUAACCUUUGUUGAUGUUCCAGGAUUUUUACCUGGUACCGCUCAAGAACAUAAUGGAAUUAUUCGUCAUGGUGCUAAACUUUUAUUUGCUUAUGCCGAAGCAACAGUACCUAAAAUAACUGUUAUUACACGUAAAGCUUAUGGUGGUGCAUAUGAUGUUAUGUCUUCGAAACAUCUUCGCGGUGAUAUGAAUUAUGCAUGGCCAACUGCCGAAGUUGCUGUAAUGGGUGCACAAGGUGCAGUUAAAAUUAUAUUCCGUGGUAGUCGUGGUGAUGAUGUUAAAAAACGAGAAGCUGAAUAUAUAGAUAAAUUCGCAAAUCCAUUUCCAGCUGCUAUGCGAGGAUUUGUUGAUGAUAUUAUUGAACCGCAUACAACUCGACAACGUAUUUGCCGUGAUUUAGAAUUAUUAGUAAACAAAAAAUUGAAGAAUCCAAAAAAGAAACAUGCAAAUAUUCCAUUAUAA